AUGGAUUUGGUGAUAAGAGGGUUCGGUGACUUCAUUGGUGUGUUACUUCUUCUCAAUUCUCGAUUUUGGUUAAUGAUGUUUCUUCGAAUAGGAUUAAGCCCUCUAAAGGUGUUAGACAGGGAGACCCCUUGUCUCCUUUCCUCUUUUAUGCUAGUGGUGGAUAUUCUAGCUAAACUCUUAGAGGAUUCUGCUCAAGAUGAUAUAAUUGGUGGUUUUCAGGUUGUGGAGGGUGGAACUGUGGCAUCUCAUCUGCAGUUUGCUGUCAUUUUCCUUAAUUCUUCUAAUGAAGAGGCAAGAAGAUUCCUUGUCAUUCUGGUUAUUUUUGAGGUGUUAACAGGUUUAAAGUUGAACCUUAAGAAAAGCACAAUUACUAGUAUUGGAGCGGAUAACUUAGUGGAGGAGUUAGCCUUAAAGAUGGGAUGUAGAACUGCAGACCUGCCCAUUACUUAUUUGGGGAUGCAAAAGAGACUUGCAGUAUGGAAGAACAAAGAUCUCAACAAAGUUGGCAGGUUAUCACUAAUUAAAUAUGCUUUUCAAAGUAUUCCUACUUAUUAUCUUUCUGUACCUUUUCUUCCUGCUUCUGUGGAGAAAAAACUUAUUACCAUUAUGAGGAAGUUCUUGUGGAGCGCGACUGAUAAUGAACAUAGGAUGAGUUGGGCUUCUUGA